AUGGCAGAAAGGACCGAAAAGCCUCCUAAAUAUGAGCGGCCAGAUUUAACAAAGGUAAGAAAAAUGGCAGCUAAAGUCUUAGAUUGUGGUAAGAAUAAGAUCUGGUUGGACCCAAGUGAAGCAACAGCCUUAGCAGAAGGAAAGACUGAAGAGCAAGUGACUAAGAUGGUAGAAGACGGUUUGAUUGUGCAACGACCAACGAUUGGUAACUCAAGAGGACGAGUGAGACAGUUCCGACUGGAGAGAUCUAUGGGUAGACAUAGAGGUCUUGGUCGCCGUAGAGGAACCAGGAAUGCUCGUUUCCCAGAGAAGAAGAUCUGGAUGUUAAGAAUUCGGGCGAUUAGAAAGGAUCUUAAGGGUAUCCGGGACGAGGGUCGCAUUGAUCGGGCAAUGUACAGAGCUGUUUACUUAAAGGCUAAAGCUGGUUGCUUUAAGAGCCGGAAAAUGAUGAAAGAGUACAUUGCUAAUGAAGAGUUGCGUAAGAAGAAGGAAGAGAUGGUUAUGGCCCAAAUGGGUGGUAUGCAGUAG